AUGAAGUAUCUCGGGAGAGGGUUUAUAUCACUCCUAUGUACCGUUCUAUCCUUAUUAAAGUGUACGGUCUUAGCCCAGGACUCCUUUUGCGACAAGUACACAAAGGCUUUGUUCGGUGAUAAUACUGGGAGCAACCAGUAUUCAUUUAUGAUCAGGUUAAUCAACACAGCCUUCAUCGGGAACUAUAGUGGGCCGAGCAGUGUCAAAAUUACAGGUAUCUUGUCUCCGGGAACCUUUAAUGGAGACGAGGUAUCUCUAUUACCAUACUUUAAUGGAGGACUUGCAAGCGCAAAUAGAGGGUAUCGGCCUGGAAAUCGAACUAUCAUCAAUUUCCUCGACGAUGGUGGGGUAUUCGCGCUAGGGCAGGGUAAGCCCUCCUACAGUCAAAGGUCGAAGCAGUAUAAGCUAUUCAGCCAUAUGUAUCAAUACUUUGGCGGGAUGCUGGGAUGCUCGCUUUACGGACAAGACGGGUUUCCCGCUUACCAAGGAAGUGCCCGCAUGUAUGAGGUUCACAAAUUCAUGAACCUCGCACCUCCUCAACUAGGGUACUUUAUCCAGGAGCUGAGUUUAGCAGCCAUAUCCCUAGGCGUAGCUGAAGGGGACAUUAUUGCAGUCGCCUCAAUGCUCAACUCAACCUUCGGCCAGGCAUGCGCACCCCCUACCAUAGUUCUUCCCGACGGUAUUCUAGACCUGCAAGCAAUGUGUAUUAACACUGCUUGUCCGCUCGCUCGAGACCCCAGGUGUGGUGGCUACAAUCACCAGGGUGGUUUUGGAAUCAAUCCAACCCCCGCUGAUACGACUGCUGGACCACAAGACACCGAUCUUGCCCCCGUACUAUUCUCAAUUGCCAAUGGUGGAAGGGGUAAAUAUCGAACAAUGACAACGUCCGAUAUAGACAUCACAACUACCAUUUCUGGGAAGAAGACUCUUAUUCCCACCUUCAUAGUGAUUGCGCUUCCAGACGCCCCUAUCUCCUUCACAGCCUCCGAUAUCUUAGUCACAACAAUAAUCGACGAUACAGAGACUGUAGUACCAUCACAAACUCUUGUUCCUAUUGGUGGUGGAUUCACCAUCACCGGUAUAAAAGAAGCCACGACGGAUGGGUGGAUUUUCUCACAGGAAUUCACAUCAGUAAUCCCUUCGUCUGUAAUCGAGGAAGCCACUACCAUUCUCACAGCCGAUAGCUCAGUUAUCACUUCGACAUAUUCAAUCACUGUUGUCAACACAGCACUUUCUGGGUAUAAGGAGGGCCUGAGUUUGGUCACCCUAACUUCGGUAUAUACAUCUGGGGGAGGAGUCUUUACGACAGUCGUUACAACGGAGAUGCGAGAGGUGACUAGCACUAGUACCCAAUCACUGAAUGCUGCAGCAGCCCAAACAGCUGCUCCUUUGGCUAUGGCUCUCAUCGGCGCGGGCGUCCUCGGCCAGAUUGUAUACAUAUAG